UUUUAACCAUUGAGCUAAAAAGUGACGCGCUACAUAACCUCAAACGUCAAAUGAUUGUAAAACUUUAAUAUAUACUAAUUCAAAUAGUUUUCUCGCUUACUCGCUUUUUAUACAUGGUGUGUAUAUAAAAAAGUGUUAAUUACCGCAAAAUCAAUCAAAAGGAUGGAGAACGCUUCGCUACAAGAAACAAAUCUAACAUCCUUAAGUUCCUCCGAAUUAGAACAAUUCGCAGAACUCUCUCAAAACCUUAACAUUUCCUCUGAUAUAGAUAAUCAAGAUGUCUGUAUAGCUUCCGAGGAGGAAAUGUCUAUGGUGCAUAUUGAAGAAGCCGAAGAAGAAGAACUCGUUCAAACUGAUUUGGGCGCGCAAGAAAUUGAGAUUGAAAUGGAGCCCGAUAACGCGGAGGAAAUCCUUCCCGAUGUUAAACCCAAAUCGGUUCCUCCUUUACGGCCUUUAAGCAUCGCUCCAAAACCUACUAAAAUGCCCUACGCUAUUAAACCUGUGGCGGGACAACAACUUUUAUUAGUACAAGGAAAUGGACAACAAUUUAAAAUUUUAUCCCCUCAAACGAUAAAUUUAUCAAAUGUUCAACUAGGAAAGCCACUUGCUAUAAAGCCGACUAUAAAAUCGGUGACUCAAGGGAGUACAACCCCCAAACAAGUAGUGAUGAAAAAGUUACAACCCGUAUCAAAACCGGGGCAAUUAAAAACUUACGAUAAUAAACAAAUCGUGGUGGUUCAAAAAAGUGAUGUGCAACCUAAAGUUGUGACACAAGUCUCUACGUCGAUUUCAACACCGACUAAAACGAUUACGUUGGCUCAAGCUCAACAAAUGGGGUUGUUGCCGAACACCAAGUUGGUGCCGCAAACGGCUGGAGCUACGACUAAACAUGCCAUUUUGUUGAAUAAGCCGCAACAAAAAGGGUUGAGAUUGGUCCGUACUCCAGCGAAGAUACUUCCUGCACCUUCAGCUCAAGUAAACACAGUGGUAAAACAGCCUCAACGUAUUUUACUGAAAUCGACGAGCAGUCCGACGCUGAUCGCUCCAAAUCAGUUGAUUCAAGUCGGCGGAAACCAGCCCAUAUCCGCAGGACAAAUCCACCAAAUUAAUAUUCCAGGAAAGGGGGUCCAAUACAUUAAAUUUGUAACAACCCAAUCCGAUUCCGGGACUAACACAACAACAAGUACAACAACGAAAACCUCCCAAACAGUUACGGUCGGAAACAAAGUUGUUGCUUUAGCUAAUAACUCGGAGAGUGGAAACAUUGUUUUAUCGGAGGUUAAAUCAACAUCGAAAGCGAAUGUAAUCACCCCAAAAGGCACCAAGCCGUUAUCCGGGGUUCAAUCUCAAAGUAUCAUAAACAACUCGGCCGGUCAGCUUUUAAUGGUCCCGGCGAGUUAUUUACAAAGAACCUCAACCCCUAAAGUACCAGUUCCAAUUCGAUCUUCAGUAACAAAAACGAUUAGUUCAGAUGCGGUGGUCCCCCAAAACGAAACGAUCAACUUAGAAACGAAUGGAAUGCGCCCAAGGAAACCUUGCAACUGCACAAAAUCACAAUGUUUAAAACUUUACUGCGAUUGCUUCGCAAACGGCGAAUUCUGCUUUAUGUGUAACUGCAUGAAUUGUUACAAUAAUUUAGAUAAUGAAGAACAUAGACAAAGGGCGAUUAAAAAUUGUUUGGAUCGAAACCCCAACGCUUUUCGUCCAAAAAUUGGGAAAUCUAAAGAUUUGGGUGAAUUGCCGAUACGAAAACACACCAAAGGGUGUAAUUGCAAACGAUCGGGGUGCUUAAAAAAUUAUUGCGAGUGUUACGAAGCGAAAAUUGCGUGUUCGAGUAAUUGUAAAUGUAUUGGAUGCCGGAAUAUUGAGGAUACCAUGGAUAAAAAGACUGUUAGACCUCAUAAUGUUGAGGUGGUGUUUGGAAGAUCUCAAAAUCAACAUAAUAAUGUUGCGAUGCCACCAGAAAAUAUCUUGCAAAUUCGACCAAAAAAAGUUCCAAAUAAUAAACACGCAUUAAACCAUAUUGGUGUUAUAGAAGCAACGGCUAGUUGUUUAUUUGCUGUAGCUGGUUCGUUAGAAGCCAAUGGGGAAUCGGAAGAAGAUAUAAAAGGCCGUGUGAUUGAAGAGUUCGGUAAAUGCUUAAUGGAUAUCGUUAACACCUCAAGAAAUAAAAAUGUAAAUUCAUAUUGACCGUUACGUUUAAGUCCAAUUUUAAUUUUUAAUCGGUUUAUUUUAUUAGGAUUAACUUCAAAAUCAAUUUGUAUUUCAUUCAGUUAGUUUUCAUUUAGAAUCAUAUUUUUAGGCUUUAUUGUAUUAUACUAUAUUAGAUAGUUUAUGUAAGAAUAAAGUUUUUUUUGGGACUAAAAA